AUGCCCACCAUUUCUAUUACCCAAAUGACGGACUCUGGCAAAAUUGCAACACUUCCUAGAUUACCAAUACCAUUUCUUCCGAAUAGCCUGGAACGAUACUUGAACCGCUUGUCUCCGCUACAAACACCCGAACAGCACUCCAAAACGAAAGACGCGGUACUAAAUGACAGUAACAUUCGUCUUCUUGCACAAUUGAACGACGAAUUACUACGGUACGACCAAGAACUUGAACUUGAAAAUCCAAAUUCUUCGUAUAUCGAAAAAUUCUGGUACGACGCAUAUCUGCAGUUUGAUGAGUCCGUGGUGCUCAACGUGAACCCGUAUUUUGAGCUCCAAGAUGACCCCACGCUACGUCAAUUGGGCAAAACCGGCCCGUAUGGAGAUCUGUCACGACUUAUUCGCAGAUCUGCAAGGCUAGUGCUGUCAACAAUCUCAUUUGUCAAAGAAAUUCGGUGCAGGACACUGAAGCCGGAUACUGUGCGGGGAACCCCGCUGUCUAUGGAUCAAUACGAUGUUCUAUUUGGUUCCGCGCGUAUUCCACCGGAGAGUGCAGGCCGUUCCUGUCGACUACAAACCAGUGUGGAUUCCAAACAUAUAGUUGCGAUCUGUGGCUACCAAUUUUACUGGUUCGAUGUACUUGAUGAACAGCAUAACCCUCUUUUCACCACGCAAGAAUUGGAGCGUGCGUUGUAUGCCAUUGUUAAGGAUGCAGAGAAGCCAUGUAUUGGAGACUCUGAACGCAACUAUCCAUGGGGGGUUUUCACAACAGAGAACCGUUCUGUGUGGUCUAAUGUCAGAAACUAUAUGAUGAAGUCUCCAUUUUCUCCCAAUACGAAAAAUCUUCAGAUCAUUGAUAGUGCCUUGUUCGCCUUGUGUCUUGACAACGUAACAGUCGAAGAACCCGGGGAUCUGGUUCAAGAAAUGCUGUGCGGCACGUCAGAUGUUAAGUUGGAAGAAGCCUCUGACAAACUCGCGUUCAGGUCUGCCACAGGAAUACAGCAAGGUACAUGUCUCAACAGAUGGUAUGACAAAUUGCAGCUAAUUGUCACACGGAAUGGGAAGGCUGGUAUCAAUUUCGAACACACCGGAGUCGACGGACAUACCGUGUUGCGACUGGCAACACAUAUUUUUACUGAUUCCAUUCUGUUGUUUGCGCAUAGUAUUACAAGACGAAAAUCAAAUGUCUCUGCUGCAUCUUUGAGCAGUAACAAAAGCGAACUCGGUGUCACAAAUCCCCGCAAACUAGAGUGGGAGGUCGAUUCGUACCUUCUAUCAGCGCUUCAUUUUGCAGAGACGCGCUUGUCUGAUCUCAUAUCACAGUUCGAGUUUGCGAGACUUGAUUUCUGCGAUUAUGGUUCUGGGAAAAUAAAGUCUACAUUUAAGGUUUCACCUGAUGCCUUUGUGCAAAUGGCUUUACAGGCUGCGUUUCACGCACUUUAUGGCAAAUUCGAGGUCACCUAUGAACCAGCGAUGACUAAGAAAUUUCAGAACGGACGAACAGAAGCGAUCAGAAGUGUUUCUGAGGAAUCCAAGCAAUUUGUAGAGGCAUUCAACCACCGCAGCGUUUCUGCACCGCGCUUGAAGGAAUAUUUUCAGGAUGCCUGCAAAAAACACUCUCGUGUUACCCAAGAAUGUGCUGCUGGUAUGGGCCAAGACCGGCACUUAUAUGCAUUGUUUUGCAUCUGGAAAGAACGCUUUCAAGAAUCUAUGUCCAAGCUCGCGAUUUUCCUAGACGAAGGGUGGGCCUUGCUCAACACGAGUGUCAUCAGUACGUCUAAUUGCGGCAACCCAAGUCUACAAGCCUUUGGCUUUGGACCUGUAUGUGCUAAUGGGUUUGGUAUUGGCUAUAUCGUCAGAGAUAAAAGUAUCACCAUCGUGGUGUCUUCCAAACACCGACAAACCACAAGACUCGUAGGGCUGCUUGGACGAUUUUUAAGUGACAUUCAGCAAGUCUACAGGUAG